CCGCGUCGCCCUGAAGAAAAGGAAAAGAUGCUGGAUUGGUAAGAGGCGCGCUAACAGGAAGUGAGAGGCAGCCGCUCCUGUAGCCGCGGGGGGUGUGUGCUCGAGAGUGACCAGACGCUGAGCAGGAGGAACCAGAGACCCGACCCCUUAGGUCCGAGAGACUGGUGGGAGGAACCGUUUAAACCUCCUGAGGCUCGUUCACAGUGGGCGGCUGGAGAUGGAGAAAGAAGGAGCUGUAGAUCUGAAACAGAGAAAGAAGCCAAGCUCUGCAGAAGCUGAAGGAAGAGCUCCUGAAGAAAACAAUGAAGAAGCAGAAAAGUCAAAAAAAUCUCCAAGAUAUGUCUUAAUUCCACGUUUUGCAAAGCUUUUCUUUGGCUGUCUUGCAGCAGUCAUAAGUGGAAUGAUGUAUGCCAUGUACCUUUCGACGUACCAUGAACGCAAAUUCUGGUUCUCUGGCAGGCCGGAACUUGAACGAGAAAUCACGUUUCAAGGUGAUAGUGCCAUUUACUACUCAUUUUACAAAGACUUGUUAAAAGCUCCUUCCUUUAAAAGAGGUGUUAAUCAACUAACCCAUGACAACAGAACUUUGUCGCUGAAGACAAUGAAUGCAGUGCGACAAAUGACUUUGUAUCCAGAAUUGAUUGCCAGCAUGUUAUAUCAGGCAUCUGGCAGUGAAGAGGUUAUUGAGCCAGUAUAUUUUUACAUUGGCAUAGUAUUUGGGCUGCAGGGUAUCUAUGUGACGGCGUUGUUUGUCACCAGCUGGCUUUUGAGCGGGACUUGGCUCGCUGGGAUGCUGACCGUUGUCUGGUUCAUUAUUAACAGGGCAGAUACCACAAAAAUAGACUAUUCCAUCCCUUCAAGAGAAAAUUGGGCACUGCCAUAUUUUGCUUGUCAAGUUGCAGCUCUAACUGGCUAUUUAAAGCACAACAUAAAUUCUUCUGCUGAGAGGUUUUGCUACCUGUUGGUGAGUGCUUCAACCUACACUUUCAUGAUGAUGUGGGAGAACAGUCACUACCUACUGUUUGUCCAGGCUGUGUGCCUCUUCCUGCUAGACAUUGUAGGUUUUGCGCAGACAGAGAAGAUAUAUGAAGUGUAUAAAAUCUACCUGUUUUCCCUCUUGCUGGGAUACAUGUUACAGUUUGAGAAUCCAGCUCUAUUAGUGUCUCCACUACUAAGCCUUGUUGCCGCUGCACUGCUGGCAAAGUACCUUCAGAUGAAUACAAAAAAGGGGACGCUUCUUUCAAGGAUGCUGAAAGUUGUUUACUUUUAUUUGGUAUUCACAAUAACAGUCACUUUGAAUUUUGUAGCGAAGACAUUUAUUCCCCAUAAAGAAAAUGAGCAUUUAAUGAAAGUACUUGAAGUAAAAUUGGGUUUAAACAUAGCUAAGAACUUCACAAUCAAUUGGCUUCUUUGUCAAGAAUCCCUUCAGGCACCAUCCCAAGACUUCUUUCUGAGGCUCACGCAGUCUUCACUAUUGCCUUUCUAUAUUUUAGUGCUAAUCAUUUGCCUUCUCUCUGUUGGUCAGGCCAUCUUUCGGAGAAUUAGUGGUGAACCAGUCAAUAACACAGCUAAACUUGAGGGCAGAAGGAUUGGGGAAAGGCCAGAGGUUGUGUACCAUGUACUUCACACGCUUUCAUUGGGAUUGCUUGCAAUGAUGAUGGAAGGAAUUAAGUACGUGUGGACUCCCUACGUUUGCAUGAUUGCUGCAUUUGGUGUAUGCUCUCCUGAGCUCUGGAUGACUCUUUUCAAGUGGCUCCGACUGAAGGCUGUACAUCCUGUCUUGCUGGCUCUCAUUCUGAGCAUGGCAGUUCCAACUAUCAUAGGCUUCAGCUUGUGGAAAGAGUUUUUUCCUAGGAUAAUGGCAGAACUUUCAGAACUACAAGAAUUUUAUGACCCUGACACAGUUGGACUCAUGACCUGGAUCAAAAGACAGGCUCCUAUUGCUGCGGUGUUUGCUGGCAGUCCACAGCUAAUGGGUGUAAUUAAGUUGUGUACUGGAUGGAUGGUGACAAAUCUGCCCCUUUACAAUGAUGAAGACCUGCAAAAGAGAAAUGAGAAUAUUUUUCAGAUCUAUUCCAAAAGAUCAGCUGAAGAUAUUUAUAAGAUACUCACGUCAUACAAAGCCACCUAUUUGGUUAUAGAGGAUUCAAUUUGUAAUGAGGUGGGGCCUGUGAGAGGAUGCCGGGUCAAAGACUUAUUAGACAUAGCCAAUGGCCACAUAUACUAUGAAGAAAAUGACAGCUAUGGCUACUCUAAAUAUGGACGGUUUUGUCAGGAGAUCAAAAUGAACUAUUCUCCAUAUGUGAAUUACUUCACUCGAGUAUACUGGAACAGGUCUUACUACGUAUAUAAAAUCAACACUGUGAUAUCCUUCCAGUCCUGAAAUAACAUUUUGAAGACUGACUUUCUUUGCAGAAUUCCUAAAUAGGAUGAGGUUAUUUACAAACUUGUGUUUUUUGUAUUUUCUAUACAGUAUAAACACACACACAUACAUAAUUGAGAACGUGCAAAGUGGUAUCCCACUGGAAUACUGCAGACUGACGACAAGACAGCAAGAGACAGAUGUUUCAAGGCCAUGAAAAUAGAAGAUAGGAAAGUCUUCCUCAUGUUAAUAUACCUCUUUCCAGCUUUAAUAUCUUAUUUUAAUGUCCGUUGAGAUUUUGUUUUCAUUGUUUAUAACAAUUGCUGCCUUUAAGUAGACUUAUUUGCUUGGGUUAAAUAUUAAAAAAAGGAACAUGUAAACCUUCUGGGCAUGAUGAUCCUGAAGCUAUGCACAUUUAUCUGGGUGAUGGGAGGAUGCUCUGUCCUUUUUAGCGCUUCAGGCUCCCACCAUAUGCUUGAAAUGAAUGGACAUUUUGGGGGGCCCAGAUGCUGCUGAAAAUAAAUUGGUUUGGGAAGGAAAUGAGUUGUAUACAGAGUAUUGGCCAAGCUGUCUACGAUCUGCUAGCUAAUCAUGUUUGUUGGCUGUGAUCUGCCUUCUGUUCAAGACACUGGUAGAUCUCUCACUGAUUUUUAGUGGGGCACAAUUGCACCCUACAUUUGGUGAAAACUGUACCCUAAAGGUAGCACACUGUGGAUUAUGUAUUUUUUAAACAAUUCUCCCUAAUACGUGCUCUAAUACGUACAAUAUUCUUUGAAAUGUGUAUAUGUGGGAAAUACAUUCAUUAUUACAAUGGAGACCUAAUUGUAAUAAAUAUACAGUUCAGUCCCUAAACAAGAAAGGGCUGAAAAAUAACUUAACUGUUUCACAGAUUUCAGCCACUUUACAGGACUGUGUGUCUGCCUUAAUAUGACUGAUGAGAUUAAUAAUUUUGCUCUAUUUUUAUAGUCUUGUUAAAAGUAUUUCUGCAAAUUGGAGUUUAAAAACCACAUGCUGCAAACUAAACUGAUAAUAGCAGAUUAUCCUCUGGCUUGAGUUGUUUUUUAAAAUUAAAAAUAUAUUGCUAUUGCACCUUAGCAAUUUCUCUCUACAUCUUUUUCCCCCCUCUUGGUCAUUUUCUGUGCCCCCCCCGGAGCUUGAUUGUACAGUAGGGCCCCACUCAUACGGUGGGUUACAUUCCAGACCCCCGCCUAAAAGCGAAACCCACCUAAAAGCAGAACUCUGUCAAUAAAAUGGUGCCUGACGCCCAAAAAACGCCGUAAAAGCAGAACAAGCGCCAUAUGAGUGGGGCCUUUCUCUAAUUGAAAGCCAUCAUAUUAGCGGAAUGCUGAAAAGCAGGCCGCUGAAAAGUGGGGCCCUACUGUAUAGUCGUUAAAAAAGAAAAAAACCUGAAGAGCUUUUUAGCAUAACCUGUGUGCCUGCUAGAAAGCUUUCUAUCCAGUGACUAGAAUUGAAAUUCAUCUACUGAUGUUAUUCACCCAUAGUACACAAACAUGAGAAUAGCCAUGCAAAGCAGAAAAUUGAGUAUGUGUAUAUUUUAUUACAUGUUUCAUGUGUGGUAUUUAUUGAUAGGCUGAUGAUGCUUGUUGCCUAUUUUAUGCAGGUCAAACAAUUUGAUUAUAAGAUUUUGAAAAUUCAUUAUGCAAAUAUCUGAUUAUUAAUGUUAUAUUUCAGUUGAAGCUGAAGUAGUCCAAAUCAGUUCAUAAAACUUAAAUCAUAUUGGGGUUAUGAUUUGUGGGAGGAUAUGUAUUGUGUUGCUGAGUGAUUGGAUGUAAAAUUGCCUUAUAACAGUUGUAGCCUUGAGAUGCAUUCACUUUGGCAAUGUUUUUAGGUGUGAGGUUUUGUUUUAAUACUACAGUUAUUCUCUGUGUUCCUGGUUGAAUGCAUUUAUGCCUCUGCAUUGAAUAUUUUUCUGGUGCUGCAAUAAAUUGCAGCGAAUGCACUUGUCUUGAAUUACUGUAAGGGAAAUUGAUGUUUCAAUACUGUUUUGUACUGAUUGAAAUGUUGCCAGUUUUGACAUUUUUCUGGAAUGGAAGACACACAGACACACACCCCACUUCACCUGGCACGUCUAUGGUGCAGUCUCCUUUUAUUUCUUUGAGGCUUCCGUCGAAAUGGAUACAGGUUGCACAGUGAUAUCAGUGUGUCUGGUUGGCUCAAAAAGAAUGUCAUUAAUGGGGGUUAACCAGCAACUUCUGCAGUAGCCUCCAUUCCUAACUACUGCACUUCUAGGCUGGCUGAAUUGCCUUAUCCUUUUCAGCCUUAACAGUUCCUCUCCAAGUGCAGUUUUAUCUCAGCUCCUGAAAUGGGCUCCUUUUGAGUAUUACUCCGAUGCUGAGUGUAUAGAGUAUUUUAGAGAGACAUAACAUUAACGUGUUAACAAAUAUAGUCUUUAAACUAUUCCACACAGUGAAGAUAAGCUUGUCUUCUCUUGGUAAUUUUGGGUUGUAAUGUAAUGCAUAAGCCCUUGCCCUGGUUAUAAGUAGUGACGUGACUUACCAUAUCCCAUUGAUCAUGCUUGAAAAGAAUUGAAAUCUGAUGUCUUUCAGGUUUUAAGUUUCUGGAAAUUAUUGCAACGUUGAGGAUAAUAUCCAUGCUCCACCAGAAAGCUCCUCUGCCAGUGGAUUUUCCUCGCAAAUCCCGUGCUAUAAAUGUACCAUAGGUUGCUCUGUGAGUUGUGAGCCUUUGAAAAUAGGUUUGGAACUAUGGAAGGAGGAGGUGAUGUCUCCUAUGGCCUCUGGUUAGAUAAUACAUUUAAAAACAAUUGAUAUAUAUUUUCCCCAUAGAGAAAAAAGUAGCAACAUUUAUAAAACUGCAAAUCUAACACUGGUUAUUGGACUAGCUGUUGAAUAGCCAGAAGAGAGAGAUGGAUGAGCUUUGAUUUUUGUUUUUAUUACUUCUGCAAAAUACAGCAUUUCCCUGGUAUUCUCUGAGGACUUCAGAGAUGGAAAUCUUGUAAACAUGGCUCUAAGGUGUUUAUUGCACAUACCUGCUAUGGUUCUAAUUAAUGGAGAAUUGUAGUUCUUAAAACAAAGAAAAGUAACAUUCAAACCUCUUGCUGUCAAUGUUGCAAUCCAGUUGGAAUAUGUGCCUUGUAAACUAUUUUUUAUUAAAGAAACAAACUCAAA